GUGACUGAGUAUAAUAUAAUUACACAUUACUUUUUAACGUUCCGUGUAAACGGUAGCUUCGAGGCUUAAAAAAAUGGCUUCCACAUCGACCGAUAUUGAAAAUAGUAGAUCUGCACCCACAACACAACUAGAUGCCAAUGAAUACAAGUUAAAAAUAUUUCAAUCAACGUUAAACUGUAUAGUGCAUAUUACUAUAGGUGCAACAGUGUUCGUUACGUUAAUGUUCGCGUUUAGAAAUGGAUUACCUAUCGGUACAACCUCGCUUCACGUCACUUUGUGUGUCAUAGGGUAUCAAUUGUUAAUGGCCCAGGCUACCUUGGCCCUCUCUCCUAGCAAUGGUUGGACAGCUCACUUGAAACUGGUACAUAAGAGACGCAUCCACUGGGUCCUGCAAAUCGUAGGGUCUGGAAUGGCCAUCGCAGGCACUUUGAUCAUGUCUUUAGAAAAAACGGUUAACUGGAACACUCUUCAUGGAAAAUUCGGAUUGGUGGCUCUAGUAUUCACAGUAGUGAGCUUAGUUAACGGAUUUGCAUCGCUUUAUGCGUUCGAAUUAAGGAAGUGUAUACCAGGCAUCCUAUCAAAACUAACCCAUAUUUGCUUCGGAAUCGUGGCCUUCGCAGCGUCAUCAAUCUGCCUCAUCUACGGAUUCGAUAAGAACUUCUUUAAAAACUGGGCAACUAUCCCUGUGACUAAUACGUUAAUCGCGUUUACCACUAUUUUUACUGUUAUCAUUAUCAUAGAUCCAUUCAUUAGUUUCUAUAGGAAGUCUAGGAGUCUAUUUUCAAGGUGAAGUUGAACCUUAUUGUCUUGUUAUUUAAGAUACCUACAGCUUAAAUAUAAGUAUGUGUAAUACCGUUAUUUUUCUUUCCUACAUUUCUAUCUCAAAAAACAAUUGUUAAUGAAAAAUUAAAGAAGUUUUAAUAAAAAUAAUUUAAAAUUAUAAUUCUUUUUUUUUGCUAUUAAGUGCUUACCCAUAAAUGGUUCUAAAUUUAAGAUUUAGAACGCUUUUUUUGAAAUAUUAUAAUGUGAAAAGGACAUUACUGAUGUAUACCACAUAGUCUAGAAAACUAUUAUUAGUAACACUGUAUUUAUGUUUUAGCGUUAAUUUAUUUUUAUAUUCACAAUUUUGUAUAACUAUAUAUCAGUAGCAUCAUUGCACCAAUAAAGCAAGAAAUGUAAGUCAUUUUAAAACGUAGCUAAUAUGAUUAUUAUAAUUAUAAUUAUUAAUAUAAAGAGAUAAAACAAACUCAUAAAUGUGUGCAUUGUUUAAUUGCAAUAUAAAGGUUUAAUAUACAAAA